GUUAUAUAUACCUGCUGGGUAAUUAAAACUAGGGUUAUCCUUUAUCUUUUUCCUUUUGGCCAAGUAACGACACCACUACUGGAGGUGUGAACAAGCAAGAGGGAUUUGAACUCACUGUAUUGGAUUUUCUUCUAAAACCCUAAGGCUCCAAUGGCUUCCAAUAAUACUCCAUCGUCCUUGGAAAAGGAACAGAUCUUUAGUAUGGCAGAGAAAGAGAUGGAAUACAGAGUGGAGUUAUUUAACAAGCUUACACACACGUGUUUUAACAAAUGUGUUGAGAAAAAGUACAAGGAGUCAGAGCUAAAUAUGGGUGAAAACAGUUGCAUUGAUCGUUGUGUCUCAAAAUAUUGGCAUGUGACUAAUUUAGUUGGCCAGCUGCUUGGUUCUGGUCGACCAGGAAUGUGAAAAAUUUGUCUACUCUGAUUUUUGUUCGUAGAUACAGCCUUGAGUUGGUGCCUGAUGAUGACAGUGAAGAUUGUAAUUGUUCACUGUAGUCGUUUAUUUUAUUUUAAUGUCUAAGAACUGGUGGCAGUUUUUAACUUUUGCUGCCAUUUUACAGUUUAUCAUUUAUAAUGAAGAUUUUUUCCCUUAAUAAAUCACCAAUUUAUCCAGAAACAUUGUUCAGGUGAUGAGAAGAAUUGGUGGCAGUUUCUAGUUUGUGCUGCUAUAAUAUAAUUGAGUUUCUUCGAGUAAAAUUGACUGAAAAGUUGUGGAGCU